CGCCCACUUGUGCUCGACAGAGUCGCGUAAGCGGAAUCGUUCACGGGGGAUUCAACGAAUAGCUUUCGGCCAUUUUCAAUUCCUCUUCUACUGGCCAAAGCGACUCAAGAAGCUCAUUCGUCAUGCUGGUGCUGCUCUUCGUACUUGCUGUGGCAAGUUGCUUGGCCUUACCAACAAACGCAGGCAUCCCACGCGCAUGCGUUGGUGAGCACCGAAAGUUGCCGUUCUGUGAUCCAAAGGUAUCGACUUUCCUACGCGUGGAGGAUCUACUGUCACGACUGCCGCUUCAACAGAAGGCUACGCUACUAACGGCACGUGCUAGUCCUCGAGGCAACAUGAGCAGCAUCGGAUUGCCCGAAUACAAUUGGGGUGCCAACUGCGUGCAUGGAGUGCAGUCCACUUGCGGCACCAAUUGCCCCACGUCCUUCCCGAAUCCCAUCAACCUCGGCGCCAUCUUCGAUUCACAAGUGGUGUUCGACAUGGCUCAAACCAUUGGAUGGGAACUUCGAGCGUUGUGGCUCGAAGGAGCAAGAGAAAACUACAAGGGUGGCCCACACCUCGGACUCGACUGCUGGUCGCCCAAUAUUAAUAUCAACCGAGACCCGCGAUGGGGACGCAAUACCGAGACGCCAUCCGAGGACCCCCUGGUGAACAGCAAAUACGGUGUCGCGUAUACCCGCGGACUGCAGGAAGGCAAGCGAGAAGACCCGCGAUUCUUACAAGCCGUAGUCACGCUCAAGCACUAUGCUGCAUACUCUUAUGAGAAUUACGGUGGCGUUAACCGCAUGGAGUUCGACGCUAUUGUGUCUCCGUACGACUUUGCUGACACAUACUUCCCGGCCUUUCGCUCAUCUAUCGUGGACGGCAACGCGAAGGGUGUCAUGUGUUCGUACAACAGUGUGAACGGCAUCCCGAUGUGUGCCAAUAACGCGUUAGAGAAGACACUACUGCGGGAUACUUUGGGCUUCGACGGCUACAUCACCAGUGACUCAGGCGCUGUAGAGGCCAUCUCGGACAUGCAUCACUACGCGGAAUCACAGUGUGAAGCUGCUCGCUUGGCGAUCCUCGCAGGUACUGACAUCAAUAGUGGCAAGUCGUACGAAGCGUGUCUAAAAGACCUUGUAGAAAGCAACCAGCUGGAAGAGAAGGCACUGAACGAUGCACUGCGCCACAGUCUGAAGCUGCGAUUCGAGUUGGGCUUGUUUGAUCCGAUUGAGGACCAACCGUACUGGAACGUGACUCCCAGUGAAGUGAACACUGCUGAAGCGAAGGAGUUGAGCUUGAGCGCGACCCGCAAGUCGAUCGUACUGCUACAGAACAACGAGUCUGUGUUGCCUCUGACCAAGGGGAUUAAACUAGCGGUAAUUGGUCCUCACGCCAAGUCGAAGCGCGGGCUACUGGGUAAUUAUUUGGGUCAGAUGUGCCAUGGAGAUUACAACGAAGUCGGGUGUGUGAAGACGCCAUUUGAGGCUAUCAGUGCCAUGAACGGAGUCUCCAAUACGACUUUCGCUCAUGGUUGUGACAUUAAGAACAGCUCAACCGCUGGUUUCAACGAAGCUGUGGUUGCUACGACGAAAGCUGACGCCGUAGUAUUGUUCCUCGGUAUCGAUCAAACGGUGGAAGAAGAGGUCGGUGACCGCGACAACAUUGAGCUACCAAGUGUCCAAAUGAACCUUCUGAAGAGAAUACGAGCUGUCGGCAAACCCACCGUCGUAGUACUAAUCAACGGUGGAGUCAUCGGCGCUGAGGAGAUCAUCCAGCAAACGGAUGCUCUCGUGGAGGCAUUUUAUCCUGGUUUCUUUGGGGCACGGGCUAUUGCCGAUGUUCUCUUCGGUGACGUCAACCCGGGCGGUAAACUGCCUGUCACCAUGUACCGGUCCGAUUACGUGGACCAAGUGGAGAUGAAGAGCAUGGACAUGACGUUGCAUCCUGGUCGGACAUAUCGGUAUUUCAAGGGCCAACCAGUCUUCCCGUUUGGCUGGGGCCUUAGCUACACGACAUUCUCGCUGUCUGUCGACAGCGGUACGACUGCGAGUUCGACCACUAGCACAAACUCGAGCUCGGGUCGAAAUGUUACGACGAUGGAGAUAUCAGACUCCGUAAACGCAACGGUGACAGUUGUUGUGUCAAAUGACGGCGACGUAGCUGGUGACGAGGUUGUGUUCGCGUUCUUCAAACCGUUGAAUACUGGCGUCAAGGGACCUGCUACAUUGCUGAACUUGCAGCUAUUUGACUAUCAACGAGUGAGUCUGAAACCAUCGGGGAGUACGCGAGUGAGCUUCACAGUCCAGCGGAGAGAUUUGUCUUUGAUAGAUGAAAACGGCAACCGUGUGAGCUAUCCCGGUUCGUACGAAAUUAUUGUGAGCAAUGGCGUGCGUGAACGCGUAAGUUUUAGCGUGGAGGUCAGCGACGAGGAGAAGGUUAUACAGAGCCAAGUGCAGCCAUUCCCGAGUUCUGACAAGUCCACGACUUCGGUUGUUAGCGCAAGUUCUAGGUCGCACGGCAGCUGGGCGAUUUUGUGGCUGGUGGUAGUGUUAGUUAGUGCUGCACUAGAAAACUGCAACUGAGCCAUAACUGUGCGAGGGCUAGUGAAGAGAGACGUAUCAAGGUUGGGACAGUAAACAUGGGCAAUGUAAAAAGUAUACAUUGAAGGU